AUGGCUUCGUCGUCAACAAACUCAUACAACUCACCAUGCGCGGCGUGCAAGUUUCUUCGCCGGAAAUGCAUGCCGGGAUGCAUAUUCGCGCCAUAUUUUCCACCGGAGGAGCCACACAAAUUCGCCAACGUCCACAAAAUCUUCGGAGCAAGCAACGUCACCAAGCUCCUCAACGAGCUCCUCCCUCACCAACGUGAAGACGCAGUCAACUCCUUAGCCUAUGAGGCCGAGGCACGUGUCCGUGAUCCGGUCUAUGGCUGUGUCGGAGCCAUCUCUUAUCUCCAGAGACAAGUCCAUAGGCUUCAAAAGGAGCUCGACGUGGCUAAUGCUGACUUGGCUCACUACGGUUUGUCCACGUCAGCACCUGGAAACGUCGUUGAUUUGGUUUUCCAGCCUCAGCCGCUUCCGCCGCAACAGCCUCCGUUGAACCCGGUUUAUAGGCUCUCCGGGGCUAGUCCACGUGGCACCGGAGGGUCGUAUGGGACUUUUCUUCCUUGGAACAAUGGUCAUGAUCAACAAGGAGGUAACAUGUGA